AUGUCCAGCGUAUUCGCGCAGCCAGAGCAGCAAUCUCAGCAGCACGACGCAGUCAACCAGCACCAGCAGCAUCAAAACUAUCAGCAGCAGCAGCAGCAGCAAGAGCAGCAGCAGCAACAGCAGCAGCAACAGCAGCAGCAGCAGCUCCAGCAGCAGCAGCAGCAGCUCCAGCAGCAGCACACUCUCGCCAACCUCCCCAUGCAGCAGGCGCAGCACUCCACGCCUCGCCGCGAGGCCGCGCCGCCUCUCUUGCUGUCGCCGCAGCGCAGCGCGAGCGGCGGGGUGGACCCGUACUGCAAGCCCAACAACUUCCUUUACAAGACGGAGCUCUGCAAGAACUGGAGCGCCCUCGGCACAUGCAGAUACGGCGUCAAGUGCCAGUUUGCCCACGGCACCCUGGAGCUGCGCCCCGCCAGCCGCCCGCCGCGCGCCAAGUCCGACCUCUGCCGCACUUUCGCGAUCACCGGCAGCUGCCCCUACGGCACCCGCUGCCGCUUCCAGCACGCCGAGCCCGGCUCUGCCUCGGCCGCAGCCGCCCUCGCCGCGGCCCGCGCGUCGCCGCAGCAAGGCGGCAGCGCCGGCGCCGGCGCGGCCGCAGCGCUCGGCGCGCGGCGCCAGGCCGAGGCGGCGCGGCGGCUGGCGGCCGCGGGGGGCGAGUACUGCGCCGGCGGCCUGUUCGACGCGAGUGGGGCCGAGUGCCCCUCUCCCCUCCCCAACAUGCUAGCGCUCAGCGGCGCCGCGUCGGCGCACCGCGCCGGCGGCGGCGCAAUGCUGCCCAUGCUGCCCCAAGCCUCGCCCGCCGCCGCCAGCGCAGGCGCGGCUGCCGCGGCUGCGGGUCUCUACUCCCCGGCCUCCGCCGGCGGCGGCCGCAUCGGCGGCCGCAGCAGCUUCGGCAGCGGCGCGGGCGGCAGCUCAGGCAGUUUCGACGCCCCCCUCUCUGGCGCCGGCUCAGGCCCGCUCGUCAACCCCCUAGCAGCCUGGGACGCGGCCGCAGCCGGCGGCGGAGCCGGCCAUGUGGGAACGACCACGCAGGGCAGCAUGGGCGGCGGCAGUGCUAGGGUGUUUGCUCAGCCGCUGGGCGCAAUCGGCACUCCUUCCGGCACCGGCACGGCGCUGAUGCAGCAGGGCGGUAUCCCUGGUUUCGCCAUUUGCUCAUCCCCCGGGGCCACGCUUUGGGGCGCCGCCGGCAUCGCCGGCCAGGCCCCUUCGCCAUUGGCGGCGGCGGCGGUGCCGACGCCCAGCCUGCAGCCCAUGCCGCAGCAGCAGGCGGCGUUCGGCGGCAGCGGGGCGGCGGAGCCGCCCGCGGGGCCGGGGCUGUUGGCGUCUGGUGACCCGAUCCAAGACCUCCUGCAAGCGCUCACCUUGGGCCAGGGCCAAAGCCAGGGCCAGUGCCAGCUGGGUGAGGGCCCCCGCGGCUCCGCCGCGGCGUCGCCGCCCGCCGACGCGCCCCGCACGAACGCAUGA